GUUAAACUGUCGGCUUGUUAUGUUACAGGCUUCAGGCUACAGAAAACCCAACACCACUUCCAACCAGAGGAAAAAGGCAGGUCCUAAACCAGACUUGACAGAGGAACAAAAGCAGGAGAUCAGAGAGGCCUUUGACUUGUUUGAUACAGAUGGCUCGGGCACAAUUGACGUGAAGGAACUCAAGGUAGGUUAUACCAUAGAAUAUGAACAGCGCACUCAGCUAGUCACCAUAAUGCCGUCCACUGUUUCAGAGUAUGCUCUUUCUUGUAUUGAAUAUAAACAAUUACUUUAUUUCUCCAGGUUGCCAUGCGUGCCCUUGGCUUUGAACCAAAGAAAGAAGAGAUCAAGAAGAUGAUUGCAGACAUUGACAAGGAGGGCUCUGGGACCAUUGAUUUUAAUGACUUUCUCUGUAUGAUGACACAGAAAAUGGUAUGUAUUUUCUUAGUCGAGAAGAGAUUACAUAUUUUGCAGAUCUUUGGUUGAAUUGGUCUCCCCUACAUAAUCUUGAUAGACUUCGUUCGAUUUUUUUACUCUUUUUUUGUUGUUGUUAAGAGUGAAAAAGACUCAAAAGAAGAAAUUCUGAAGGCGUUCCGCUUAUUUGAUGAUGACGGCACGGGCAAAAUCUCCUUCAAAAAUCUCAAGAGAGUUGCCAAGGAGCUAGGUGAAAACCUGACAGAUGAGGAAUUGCAGGUAUGUUAUAUCCUAACUUGUAACCUGUUGAUCUUCUGUUUCACCUCUAAACAUAUUCAAUGCAGCAAUCCUACUGUUAAAACAAUGUAUCUUUCAAAGGAAAUGAUUGACGAAGCAGACCGAGAUGGAGAUGGAGAGAUCAAUGAGCAGGAGUUUCUAAGGAUAAUGAAGAAGACAAGUCUAUAUUGAAUGUCUUAUGUUUCCCAACAUUUUUUUUCCACUGCUGGAACGCUCUCGCUUAUAUGGCUUUGAUCCUUUUAAGGGUACUUUAUGAUAUAGCAUUUAGUGGCCUUUCAUAUGGGUUGUAAAUUAUUUUAACAGCUCUAAACACAGAUUGUAUGAUAUUUGAGAAAGAAUAAAACAUAUUGAAUCAUUUCAAAUUUAUCUUGACUUUUUCAAUUAAAUCAUAGCUUUUAUCUAAGUUAUAGUCUCCUAUUUACCAUGGAAGUGAAAUUAUCAUGUUUAUUCAAGGACCCUUGCACCUAACAGUACUGUAUGGCUAUUUGGUUCCCUCUUGUGACACAUAAAAUGAAGUGCAGCUAUAAUUGUCUUGACUUACAGACUUACAUGAUUUUGCCUUUUUCUCAAGUUCAGUAUAUUUUUUGGUUACACCCUUCACAUUAUCUAGAGACAAACUCACUGCUCUGAACCAAAUAAAUCUAAUGAAUAUAUGC